AUGUUUCGUGCUCGUGCAUUAUUCGAUAUCGCGCGUGGAAAACAUAUGGGUUCUUCAAUAUCUUCAGCUGCCGAAAAUAUACCACCUCAAGUGUACGUCCGAUGUACUUUCUGUAGCCAAAGUAUUGCACAUAAUCUAUGUAUACCUGGAAAGAAUAGGCGGGUUACUUUACCUCUUUUAGCUCAAGGAGCCAUGUAUCCCAAGCAAAAGACUACUUGUUGUCCUGUUUGUUCCAAAUCUUUGCCCCGAUGUUCCAUAUGUUUAUUAAAUCUUGGAACACCAACAGACAAUUUAAGAGAAGCAAUAGCAAAAAAUUUGUCAAGUAAUGACAGACCUUCUGGAUUUGAUCUUUGGUUUACAUGGUGCCAAUCAUGUAGACAUGGAGGUCAUGCUUUGCAUAUGUCUCAAUGGUUUGAAAAACAUAAAAUUUGUCCUGUUAGCGAAUGCCCUUGUGAAUGUCCUCGUGAAAUAUAA